GCCAGCGGGGCGGGAGUCGAGGGUCAGGACGGGAACCUUGCGACGGGCUUGAUGCCGGCCGCGGAGGCGGCCCCGGCAUCGCCCCGCGGUGUCGCGGACGGGCAGGCCGGUGUGCCCGCCGAAGGCGGAUCGCGGCAGGGCGGGCGGGCGGACACUUGCCCCAAGAUGCAGCUGGAGGCUACGGCCAGGGCCGGCGCGGCGCCGUCCCCCCCGGCGGAGCGCAGAGGUGAAGGGAGCGGAGCGCCACAGGAAGUCAGCACCCCGGUGGGCUGGAACAGGGGCAGCGGAGGGCCGGCUCCGCCCGGCCCGGCCCGGCGCGGCUCAGCGCCCGCAGCGGCCGUCCGCGGACUGCAACCGCCGCCGCCCCCCAUGUCGCUGCCGCUGGUGCUGCCGGGCUCCUGCUGUCCCGUCCCGGGGCUCGCCCCGCUACCCCGCGCGGCGACGGCCACCACCGCCGGCACGGCGGCGUCGGCGGGCUCGCUGUCGGCCGCGUCCGCCCAGCCCUCGCUGCCGUCGCUGAGCUCUCGCGGCUGCCUCCCCGGCUUGCCGCAACACUGCGACCCGCUCCCCGACGACCAAUCCGCCGGGCCGGACCCAGACGCCGACCUGCUGCCGUCCCGACCGCUGCUUUUGCUGGGGCUGCUGCAGAUCGUCCUGGGCUGCUCUCUGGUGGCGCUGAACUUCGGGGCGCUGUCGCUGAGCAGCGCCCCGCAGGUGAAGAACGCUUGUCCCUUCUGGGCCGGCUCUUCGGUAAUCUUAUCUGGAAUCCUAGGCUUAACAACAUGGAAGAGGCCGAUGAUGCUUUUGGCUAACCUAUUUGUUCUGCUGUCUAUCAUCUGUGUUCUGCUGAACCUGGCUGGAUUUAUAUUAGGAUGUCAAGGCGUUCAGUUUGUCGCUGGUGUACCCAGAUGCGAUUUGGUGGAUAUGGGUGAAGACAAGAUUUGUCUCUGCUGUGAAGAAUUUCUUCUCACCAAAUGCAUAGAACAAGAGACUGUGCUGAAGCUGUUCCACGUGAAGUCGUGCAGUGCUGCUCACCUUCUCCUCAAGAAAGUUCUCUUUGCUCUUUGUGCCCUGAAUGCUCUCACCACCACAGUUUGCUUGGUAUCGGCUGCCCUGCGUUACUUGCAGAUUUUUACAACAAGAAGAUCCUGCAUAGAUGAACCUCAGAUUGAAGACCAAGAUCACAUUUUGGAUCCUGAUGAUUUUGUCCCACCUGUGCCACCUCCCUCCUAUUUUGCAACUUUUUAUUCCUGUACUCCACAAACAAGUGACAGGAUGCUUGGCUCCGAUGUGAUUCCAUUGCCCCAUAUUUAUGGAGCGCGAAUCAAAGGCGUUGAAGUGUUCUACCCUCUGGACCCACCUCCUCCUUACGAAGAUGUGUGGAGCCAGGAUAACUCUGAGCAGGAAGGUGCACUACAAAUAAGUGUCGUGGAAGUUGUUAUUGAUUCGGAGGAAGCGAGUGACAGGGAGGCCUCUCAAGGUGAGGAAAUUCCUGAGUCUCCCAGCAGAGUGAGCCUUUCACCUUCAAAUGCAAGCCUGGUGCCUGCGGACGGCAUGCCUGAGAGCGCCUUCAAUCCUUUGGAGAAACGGUCUAAGAGUGACCCUGGGCUGCACUGCCGCUUUCUUCAAGGGGCAGUGCUCAGCUGUGAAGCUGCCACGCAGACUGAAGUAAAACCACAACUCUGCACUGUCACCUUGUGGAAGAGUUUGAGAGCAAGAGCUUUGAGGCGAAGACCCCAAUCUUUGAUAGACUACAAGUCUUACACAGACACUAAACAGCUUGUGGCGUGGAUCCUAGAGCAGUCCUCUGGCAGCAUGAGUCCUGACGUACAUGAAUUGGUGGAAAAUAUCAAGUCUGUUUUAAAAUCAGAUGAGAAACAUAUGGCAGAAGCUAUCACUAGUGCCACCUACCUUGAGCAGGUGAUGAUGCCUGCCCAGCAAGGCAUGUCAUUGAAUGCCCAUGUGUUACCUCUCAGACGACAUCCUGGAUUGCUACACCUGGAGAGCUGUGGUGACCUGAGUACCUUCACCAUAUAUGAAGAUCAGCUAGCAGAGAGGAGGAUCCAGAGAGCAGGACAUGAACGGCCUCACAGUCUUAUUGGCGUUGUCAGGGAAACCGUACUUUGAGCUGUUUCCUGUUUAUUCCUCAGUAGAGCACUUCUGUCAGACAUACUCCACAGGAAAAUAGUCUCUGACAAGUAGGUGGGAAAGUGUAUUGAUAAUCUUUUUUUUAUAUACACUCAUGCUCAGACUCCUAAGGGGAAGCUCAUUCUGCAAAGCCUAUUACGCAGAUCGCAAGCUGGCAUUUAUUGGGCUGCUCAGGUGCAACUGGUCUGUUUGCGAUAUGGUACUGUCUUGUUGCAUCUCGCUGGUCUAUCACCACGUGGGAUGGAUCUGCUUUUUUUUUACUCAGAAGAGAGACGGCAGAAGGGGAUCUCCGCCUUGGUUUACCAGGGAGAGGCAAGGACAAGUAAUACGUGUGUGCGCUUUGUAUCUCAUUGGAGAACAGGGACGGCGUCAAUGCCUGUGUUCGUCUGGUGUGUGUUGCUGUAGCUCCACUGAUUUAUUUUUUAUUUAUUUAUUUUUUUGCUCACAUAUAGCAAUUUAUGUCCUAGUAGGGGUCCUUGUUAUGUUCCAGCUGACAUCCACGCUGGAAGAAUGUACGCAGCUAUCUCAAAUCCUUUGCAGACGUGCAGGUGACUACCUGAUGUUGUUUUGGCAGUCUUAACCACUAGGCCACAGCGGCCCGUGAGUUGACACCCGCUCAUUAAUAGACAAAUGUAGAUGCCAGUUGCCUCAAGCUGUUGACUGCAGAUAGUUUGUUAAGAUCUGUUCUAUAUGUAUGCUGCUAACAUGGAAUACACCAAGUAUUUCCAGAUGCUGGGAUCAGACAUACAAAUUUUAUUUGCAAGGCAAGUUGUAGCCUUCUGUCUCUCAGCAGGAUGGCUAAAUGUUCCUGCUGCUAUUUUAAUGAUAAAGCUUCAUUUACAAAUUAUUAAGUAGCUUUCCUACUGCAAACCAAAAAGCUUUAAAGUAAGUUUUAAUUAAGCUUGUUUAGAAGUAGAAACUGUGGUAUCUUUCGG